AGCCGUCAAGCACCUUCACCACCUGGGUAUCUCCUCAAGAUGGGUGCCUACAAAUAUCUCACCGAGCUCUACCACCGAAAACAAUCCGACCUCCUCCAAUUCGUCUCCCGUGUACGUUGUUGGGAAUACCGUCAGCUCGCUAUCAUCCACAGAGCCUCUCGUCCGUCCCGUCCCGACAAAGCUCGUCGUUUGGGAUACAAAGCCAAGCAGGGUUAUGUCAUUUACCGAGUCAGAGUCAGGAGGGGAAACAGGAAGAAGCCAGUACCCAAAGGUGCUACUUACGGUAAACCCGUAAGGCAGGGUGUGAACCAUCUCAAGUUCCAGAGAGGUUUGAAAUCUAUUGCGGAGGAAAGGGUCGGAAGGAGGUGUGCCAAUUUGAGAGUCCUCAACUCUUAUUGGAUCAAUCAAGAUGGUGUUUACAAAUACUACGAAGUCAUCCUCAUCGACCCAUCCCACAAGGCAAUCCGCCGCGACGCUAGGGUGAACUGGAUCUGCAACCCUGUUCACAAACAUCGCGAAUCUCGUGGUUUGACCAGUGAAGGGAAGAAGAACAGAGGUUUGGGUAAGGGAAGUAGGUACAACCAUACUCCCGCGAGGGCUACUUGGAAAAAGCACAACACUCUUUCUCUCCGCCGAUACCGAUAAACCUCUCGUCCUUUACAUUCGCCCGUCGGAGCACGUCGAGGGAUUGUAUAGAUACGUUUGGUCAUGCAUUCGUGAUGACGUUGCUUG